UCGUAUCUUUUGCUCGUUAUCCUCAUCGUUUUAAUGGCGUCCUCCCUCCGCCUUCAUCUGCCGUUCUCCUCUCCCUACCACCACCGUUCCGCCGCCAUCCACCUCGCCGCAAAAUCUAUCCGCCAUCUCACCAUCCGAUGCGGUCCACGAGACAACCGCGGGCCGCUGCACAAAGGCCGAACACUAAGCAUCGAGGCAAUACAAGCCGUCCAAUCUCUCAAACGGUCACACCGUUCAGAUCCGGCCAAUAACGACGCCGUUUCCAAAACGCUCUCUCGCCUCGUGAAAUCCGAUGUCGUCGCCGCCUUCAACGAGCUUAUACGUCAAGAUCAGUUCGAUCUGGCUCUCAAAGUCUUCUCAGCCAUCCGAUCUGAAGAUUGGUACAAAACGGAGCUGUCUCUCUAUGCAAAGCUCGUGUCAUCAAUGGCGAGUAAAGGAAUGGCGGAUGAUAUCGACCGUUUGAUCCUCGAUGUGGAACCGGAGGCGGUUAUUUCGGCUGACUCGAAGGGACUCAUAACGCUUAUCAAGGCGUUGAUUGCUGCUGAUCGGGCUGAAUCGACGGUCGUCAUUUACGAGAUGAUGAAAGCAGGUGGAUGGGGAUGCAAUUCUGUCACAGAUGAUUAUUUAGGUAAGGUUUUGAGUAGGGGAUUGAGGAGAUUAGGGAAGAAGAAGGUAGCUGAUGAGAUUGAUAGGGAAAUUGGGAGGGUGUCAGGUGGAAUUUUGGAAAAUAUGAGGGUUUAAACUGUAAAUUUGUUAAGGAGAAAGUAAAGUUUACAUUUUGGUCACCCAAAUGACAUCAUCAAGUAUGGGAACUGGGAAGGCAGAUAAAACCAAUUUCUCCUUGGAAGUUGAGGUAGCUUCUAGAAAUGCAUACAAAGUUUCAA